AUGGAACCCAAACCAGAGCAAGCAGCAGCACAAUCCGAAGAGCUUCCACACGUCCUCGUCUUCCCGGCUCCUUACCACGGGCACGCAACGCCCCUCUUUUCCCUUGCGGCCGCCCUGGCGACCCACGGCCUACACAUAACGAUCCUUGUGCUCCCCUGCCUCCCCUCUCUCUCCGCCUUCAUGGCUUCUGCAUCUUCUCGCUUGCUACCCAUCUCCUUUCUCUCGCUCCCCGCCCCCGCCCCCGCCCCCGCCCCUCACUCCCCUGACCUCCAUACCAUUAUUCACUCUCUCUCACUCCUCUCAGACCCCAUUCGACGCCUCAUACUCGACCUCCCAUCCCCCCCCACUGCUCUCAUCUCCGACAUGUUCCUCGGCUUCACAGAGCCACUCGCUCGCUCCUUCUCCAUCCCCCGCUUCACCUUCUACCCUUCCGGUGCCUAUGCCACCUCUAUAUUCCACUCAAUUUGGCUCAACAACCCCCCCGAACCUACCACUGAGCCCACUGGACCCAUCGAACCCACUUCUAGCUCAUCCACCAUCACCAUAUCCGAUGUCCCAUCUGCUCCCUCCUUCGAGUUCGGCCAACUUUCUGGACUUUUUGUGCGAUACAAGCGAGCAGAGAGAUCGAUACCUCUCGACCCGGCUUGGGCUUCAGUGAGAGACUGUUGGCUGUGGAAUAUCGAGAGCCACGGCCGAGUGCUCAACACCUUCGCCGAUGCAGAGGGGGAGUUUCUCUCGCACCUGGGCCCAGUUGAACAGGCCGGGCGUGUCUGGGCGGUCGGGCCGCUUCACAUGCUUGCAGAGUCCGGCACUGAGGGGGAGGGUUUGGCUCGAGCUGAGGAGUGGCUCAAGGGCCGAGCUGAGGGCUCCGUGGUAUACGUGUGUUUCGGCACCAUGGCGAGCUUCAACCAGGACCAGGUUGAUGCAAUGGCGAGUGGACUGAAGACCAGUGGAGCAAAGUUCCUUUGGGUUAUGCCCAAUCACUGGGAGUUGCCUCCAGGGUUCGAGUCGUCAAUACAAGAUCAUGGAGCAGUACUUCGAGGCUGGGUACCACAGGCUCGUGUGCUUGGGCACAAAGCCAUCGGGGCGUUCUUGACACACUGUGGGUGGAAUUCGGUGCUGGAGGGCCUUGCGGCUGGGGUGCCAAUGGUGGGGUGGCCACUGGGGGCCGAGCAACACUUGAAUGCGCGUCUUUUGGUCGAGGGCCUCAGGGUUGGAGUGCUAGUUACCGAGGGUAAGGUGGGUGGACUGGAUCCAGGCUCACUUGCCCGAGCGGUGGCUAGAGUGAUGGAGCCCAGGUCGACUGAGAGAGUGCAUGCUAGGCUCAUGGGUGAGGCGGCUCGACAAGCUGUGGUGCCCGGUGGGAGCUCAAGGGUUGACUUGGAAGGGUUAGUAGAGGAGUUGAUGAGGCUUCACGCGAAAGGGAUCACACCAAAGUAAACCAAAAUAAGACCGGUUUUCACAUGUAUGGUUGUGGUGACAAUUUAUUGUUAUUAAAAUUGUAAUUUUUAAAAGGAUGUGGUUUGCGAUUUUAAACAAAAAUAAGGUGCACCACUAAAUUUUGUUAUAAGAUGUAGACUUUGGUACUCUCCAA